AUGCCCCUGGGCCGCCCCUGGCGCGCGCCGGGCGCGCCUGCGCCCAGCUUGGGCGGUGGGGUCUUCAUCAAGCGCAAACAUCGCAGUGGGAAGACGUCGGAAUUCCAGGGCCCCCUGCCAUCGCUGAACGCCGGCGUUCACGCCGGCGUUCACGCCGACACCGUGGACGGCUGGGAGCGACAGUUCUGGGAGACCGACGGCUGGGAGGUUCCCGACACCGCUGCGGCCUCCGCGGAAGACGCGCCGGCGAAGUGGUGGCACGUCAGCGACGAACGCAUCCUGGAGAUGCUUCAACCGCCGGCGCUUGGGCGCGGAGCGUGGAGGCAUCGGAGCCCAGGAUGUGUUUGCUGGGGUUCACUUUGUGUUGCAAGAGCGGCACAACUUCGUCUAAAGUCUCUGGCGGGCCAGGUGCAGCCAGAGGAGCUGGUGGAAGAUCUUUCGCCUUCGCCUUCGCCUGGGUCGGUGACACCUGAGAAGGAGAAGGAGAAGAGUUGGAAGGUCUCCGAUGAAGAGCUGGAACGCUUGGUCCAAGAGAUGCAGCGCCAAACGGCCGCCAGUGGCCUUGCGACCCAUCUGCAGGGUGCGUUGAACACGCGGCCGCGGGUGCCCGCGCGGGUGCCCACGAUACGUCUCUAUCUGUCGGUGGGCUGCGGCGUCUUAGUGAUCCAGGUGCCCGAGGAUCUGCCGUUGCAUCUCAGCGAAGCAGAGGAAGCUGCCCAAGCUUUGCGUCAACAGAAGACCCUGAGGCCACGGCGGAAGGCCAGUAUUGCCUUGGAACGUCUACUGGGAGCGCCUGGGCCGCCGACUUCGGUGCCGUCCAUGGGGCCCAGUGACCGAUCGCCGCUGUGCCUGACCGCCGUCAUUGAGUCGCUGACGAAGAUUCCGCGCCGCAAUCAACGGCUGAUCCACCAGAAGCGCAUCAUUCGACCCAGCGGCACCUUGAAGGAGCUUGGCAUUUUCGACGGCCAUGAGUUGACUUUGGUGCCGAAACUCUCCAAGGGCACCGCCACUCCGCUGACACUGCAGUCAGGCGCUCUACAGCUCAUUGAACCUUGGAGGUGGGACGAAAAGCCUAAGCUGCUGGCGAGGAAGCAGGAAAACGACGCGGGAUUCUUAUCCAGCGACGUGCACCUGCCCAACGCGGAGGACCAGAAACUCUGGGUGGACAACACCAUCCGCAUCCUCUCCUUGGAGCGGGAACGACCCCUGAAACAGCUCAGUGCACAGGCCUUGCAGUCUCCGGCGGAAAGUGUCUGUCUGUUGGAGAUGAAGAAUCUGGGUCAGGCAGAGGAUGUUCACAGCUUGUUCUUGAGCAUCGGUUUGAGUAGUGGCAUUUUGAUCCGUUCGGUGGUGGAUUUUGUCACCGGUACCUUGAGCGACCAGCGCUCGAGGUUUCUGGGCGCCAAGGCGGUGAGGCUUCACAAGGUGGCAGUGCAGGGCAUGCCAGCGAUGUUAGCCUUGAGCACCAAACCCUGGUUGUCCUACAAUUUCCAGGGCAAGAACCACUGCACUCCCAUGAGCUACGAGCAGUUGGAGUUCGCGUCCUCCUUUGCGUCGGAGCAGUGUCCCGAAGGUUUCGUGGCCAUCUCGGGCAACACCUUGCGUUCGGUGGCCCGUUUUUGUUGCGGUUAUUUCCAUGGCAAUGAAGAGAAUCCCUAUGGAAAAACCUAG